CCUACUUUAUGUGGGACAGAACUCAGAGGACGGUUCGACGUCGAAUUGGCGUCGAACCCUGACCAUGGGGGCACAGAGUUCUGAUUGACUGCAUGCUGCAUUAGUGAUACAACCUACGAAGUACGCGGCCCUGGAAGCCGCGCCAUCUGUCCGAAGAAUUUAGAACCCUCUUAGGACCGGUUCGCUUGAAACAACGCAAGAAGACAGCUGAUAUACAAGGCAUGUAACGAGUUGAUACGCUGUACGGUGUAGGCCUGAGUUGAGAUCGCAUUAUCAUAAUGUGUGGUAUCUGCUUCCUCUGCUUCACUGAAAACCAAGGAUCUGAUCGGAUUCUGAUCAAGACUUCAAGGCUCCUGAACCGAGGUCCAGAUGCCUAUGCUACCCAUUGUUUCAAUUGCGAUGAUAGUGCCUGUGGAGAGUUGCAUGGCUGUGUGCUGAUGUUGCGGCAUCACUUGGUGAAACAACCUCUGACUGACAUCUGUGGCAAUUCCUUGCUUUGGAAUGGAGAGAUAUUUGGUGGAAUACAGGUUAGACCUACAGAGAAUGAUGGCUCCGUCCUACUUAACCUCCUCUCUGAAGCUCAAACCGAUAAUGAAAUAUUUGAAAUAUUUGGAAGAAUCCAAGGUCCCUGGUCCUUCGCUUUUUGGCAGCAUAAUACCCAGACAGUUUGGUUCGGCCGCGACAUAUUUGGAAGACGAAGCCUCCUUUGGUGUUUGCCUCAAGCAGAAGAUGACAUGUUUGCUCUUUCCUCAAUCGCCAUUGAUCCUUUGCAAUGGAGAGAGGUUCCUGCUACUGGGAUAUAUUCCAUAAACUAUUCAAGGGCCAAGCGGACGAUUAAAUUGUUUCCGUGGCAACACUUCCCAGCUUGUUCCACCGUUGAGGAUGGAAACUCAGGGAUACCCAGCGACUGUGAUCAUUUCAAAGACUCCUACUUUACAUUUGAGAGAAGUUCGUCUGUUGUGCCUGUCCAUCUUAUGCCAUUCAAUGUGGCAGCGCCGCAAGAAGGCGACCUAUAUGUAGCACCCGUAAAACUGGAUUCAUGUCUUCUUUCCAAAAGCACUAUUCGUGAUUAUAGAAAUCCGGGUGAUUUGACUGAAAAUAAAAACUCUGGGUCUCUGCUUGGACAAACUAGAACUAGAAAAACAAACACAGCUUCAGAUUCUGUAGGUAACCUUGAUGGACCUGGGACCAAUUCAAAAGAGGAUUUGUCAAGGACAUUUUCUUGUGCUGCACAAAAAGUUGAAGGAAAAGGUCAUUCUGAUAACUUGAGUGAGGGAGUAGUGGAUAGUGAUAUUCAUCAUGAGUCUAAAAGUGCUACAAAUUCUACAAAUGGGACUGAGGAUCUACUGUCCCUGGCUCCAAACAUAAAAGAGAAAGGUGCUGCUAACCAUUCAGACUCUAGUUUUGAAAUUUCAUCCCUUGAUGCAAAAUCAACGGAAAUACAUCGUAAGAAAGAUGGCAAGAAGACAAAAGCAAAUAAGAAACCAAAACAAAAUGACAUCCAGUCAGAAUGUCAAAUGACAAGUCAGGACUUGUUGGAAAUGGCAUCAGCGGAGCAGCUUGAUGUUGCACAGAAAUUCUUAUCGGUGCUGGGUGAGGCGGUGAGAGUUCGGGUCCAGAAUCAGAUGGAGUAUUGCGACGCUUGUCUCAAGGUGCAGUUGGCGUCCAUGACGUGUGGAGAUGGUGACAAAGACUCCAUGAAGGUCGAGACAGCAGUGCCCGAUGAUGCAUCGAUCACAGGGGUGCGUGAUGUUAGAUGUGUCCAUGCGAGAGUUGGUGUCCUGUUUUCUGGUGGGAUCGACUCGCUGAUGAUAGCAGCUUUGGCUGACAGGUUUGUACCAGAAGAUGAACCAAUUGAUCUGAUGAAUGUGGCCUUUGAGCUUCAACCGAAACGAGAAACGCAUCAACCUGGGAAGAAGACUAGAAACCUGCCAUCAUCAACGACAGAACACCGUGAUCCUUACCUAGUCCCCGAUAGAAUGACUGGAUUAUCAGGCUUAGAGGAACUCGUAACUCUCAACCCAAAAAGACAAUGGAAUUUUGUUGAAGUCAACAUCACUGUGGACGAAUUGAAGAGAAAAAGAGAUGAACACAUCUGCCACCUGGUUUACCCACUACAAACCGUCCUCGACGACAGCAUUGGCUGUGCCGUCUGGUUUGCUGCAAGAGGAGAAGGAAUCAUCAGGGAUCCUGAAAGUGGUGGGACAAAGGCCUAUAGAAGUACUGCAAGGGUGGUAUUGGUUGGCAUGGGCGCUGACGAGCAGCUUGGUGGCUACUCUAGGCACAGAAAUACAUUCAGGAGAGAUGGUUGGUCAGGACUUGCUGAGGAGCUCCGGAUGGAAAUCAACAGAAUAUCAGAGAGGAACUUGGGCAGGGAUGACAGAAUCAUCACAGAUCACGGCAAAGAAUCACGCUUCCCAUUCCUAGAUGAGAACGUUGUCUCUUUCCUCAAUUCGCUGCCAAUCUGGCAGAAAGCAGAUUUACGCCAAGAGAGGGGGUUUGGCGAGAAGAUUCUCCUACGACAGUGUGCAGUGUUAUUAGGAUUGCACAGAGCAGCUAUUUUACCGAAGAGGGCCAUUCAGUUCGGAUCGAGGAUCGCAAAGGUCGAGGACAGCAAGGAAAAGGCUUCUGACGUGUGCAGUAGACUGAGAAAGGUGGAGGAUUCUUGAUGGCAACUUUCCAUAGACAAAACCCAAGUUUGCAUAUCUUGAACUAUCAGGCAUCUACAACUUCGGCCUCAUAUUCAAGCAUGAACACUAUUGUUUUUGUGUGAAAGAAUGACGUGACAUAACGUCACAACCAACAAAAAUAUAA